UGUGUUUAUGCGUGUGCAUGUGUUUGCAUGUGUGUGAGUGUGUGUGUUCAUUCCUCAAUAAUAAUUAGAAGCCAGAUGCCGGGUGCACAGGUUCACAGGGAGUCUGGAGUCAGGCAGCCCCGGGGAUAGCAGACAAAAGUAGGUUGCAAAGCUGAGUCGGAGGAUGAGCAACGACAAGUCCAGACGAAACCCUGGCCCCGGGCCUAGUGUCUGUGAUUAUUGCAGAGGCUGGAGGACAACGUCUGUCUGUGUGUCCUUCCUCUGUCUCCUCACCCACCACCUUCCCUCUGUUCAUUCCUCCACACUCAUAUUCCUCAACUGUUUGGAGAACUCCUAGGAGCCAAGCUCUGUGCAGACAGAACUGAUUUCUGACUCAUGCUGGAUAAGACAGGUUGAGCAUUUGGCUAACGUACCGAGUACAAGUAUUGAACAGGAACCCAGGGACACGGUGAUGGGUGGAAUGGGGUGAGAGAGUCAUCAGUCAUACAUAGGCGCCAGUCCCUCUGCUUCCACUUCCUGUAAAGCUACUGAGUGUUUCAGUGGAGAAAGGUACCCAAUAGAUCUGUUCUUCACUAACAUGGGGAAAGAUGCAGAGGAACAACCCGGAUUAGUCAGCUCAAAGUGUGUAAGAAAAUACUAUAGAGUAUGGUUUGUCUCAUAGAUGGACGUCUCAACGAAGGUCUAGCUGGUGGGCCUUGGCUGCUGAAGGUUUCCCAUCAUGCCCUUUCUGUGUGGGCAUCCCUGGUGUUUCUCUUAGUGUUCACAUUUUCUCUUUCUUUUAAAAAAAAAUACAAUGUUACUGUUACUCUUUUGAGAAUUUCAUACAAUGUAGUCACUCCUAACUCCUCCUCCUACCGUCCCAGACCCACCUUCUCCUUCCUACCUCUACUUCCUGUCUUUUAUAAAGAGACAAAGUAGCCAUCCUGGUCCUUCAGCGGCUCGUACAGUCUUUCUACCCGGUCUUUCUCCAUCCGUGAGCCUUCAUUGCAGGGAUUGUGUUGUAGAUGUAUCAGCUGGGGCUGGGUACUCUCCAAUCAGUUGUUCUCUUCAUUUUCACAAGUUGUAGCUUCCUGUAAUGGUCUCUGUCUGCUGCAAAAAGAACCUUCUUUGUUGAGGGAUGAGAUGACACUUACCUGUGGACAUCAGAAGAAGUAUCUAGGAUGCAGUUAGGAAUGAGGCAGUAAUAGUUCUCCUUUUGGCUCCACGGCCUACAUACUUCCACUUCUCAUGAGGACAUCACAUUGUAGGAGGACCAACCCUCACGGCUUCAUUUUAACAAAGGCCACCACCCCUAAACGGGGUCGAAUUGUGAGAUCUUGUGGGUUAAAGCCUCCACAUAGGAAUGUUGGGAAAACACAAUUUGUCCUGUAACACGGACGAUAGCUUUGAAACCAAGAACUCAACUACCACAAAAAACACACCUUUGAUGGGCUCCCAGAGGGAAGGUGUGGCCUGCCUCUCCCACAGUGGAGCCAGAACUGACAGAAGCACACCAGAAGUUGGAAAACACAGGCUCACCACUGGGCAAACUCUAACUUCAAGGAGCCAUGCUCAUCUCUGAGAGGCAAUUUUGUGAUGAUCCUUUGGGUCUCGGGAACCUGGUGACCUCUAACACACAUCUCGGGGACUGUUGCCCUAUGACACAAAGUUUCAGGCUUCCAAUCUUCUGUCUCCCACAGUGGUGCUGAGAUAAGGGUCUUCUCAUUGCAGCAGACAGUCUAGCCACCCCAAAUGGUGGUGGAAAUGGGGAAAUUCAAUGUGGUGGGCAGGUCUUCCUCAUCUGUGUGCAUGGCAGUCCCACUGACCGAGGGGAGGGAAGACACCUUAGGUAGACACACGCAUGUGUCAUUCCCCGAGUGAGAGGCCUUGGGACCUGAGGGGCAUUUGUGGACUAGCAGGCAGAGUGGCAGGAAACUUGGGAGGACCCAUGACUAAGGCUCUCUUGGGUAGGGGAGUGCCUGGUAUGUUGCAUCACAGGUCCAGUGAUAAAUCUUCAGAUCAAGGGGUAUGGCCAGUCCUCCUUCAUCCCUAGCCAUUUGCCUAACUGCCACGUCCACAGCUAUGUUCCCAAGCUGGCUGGCUCUCACCCUCCUGGCCGUGCUGAGCUUGGAGACCCAGGCCUUCAACAGCCAGCUCGUCAAGUGCUUUGAGGAUCCCCAGUAUGAGGAGCUGCUGCAGCUGGCCCGAAAUGGCCUGGGGCAGACAGCAGAGAGGAAGCAAGUGGUGGUGAUCGGGGCGGGCAUGGCUGGACUCACUGCUGCCAAGAUCUUGCAGGAUGCUGGCCACCAGGUGACUGUCCUGGAGGCCUCAGGGCGUGUAGGUGGCAGAAUCGAAACCCACAGAGUUCCUGGAGCACACUGGUACAUAGAGCUGGGUGCCAUGAGGAUCCCUAUCAACCACAGGCUUUCUCACGAGCUCAUCAGGAAAUUCGGGCUGAUGUUAAAGGAAUUCUGUCCCUGCAACAACCAGACCUGGGUGCUGGUGAAUGGAGUUCGGCAGCGCUCGGGGGCAGUGCAGGCUGACCCUGGCCUGCUGGGUUAUGAAGUAAGAGCCGAUGAGGUGGGAAAGACGGCGGAACAGCUAUUUGAUAAGUCGCUGAGGAAGAUUGUGGAAGAGCUGAAGAACAGCAGCUGCCGUGAGGUCCUGGAGAAGUAUGACUCCUUCUCCACCAAGGAGUACCUGAUCAAGGUGGGGAACCUGAGCCGUGGGGCCGUGCAGAUGAUCGGUGACUUGUUGAACACAGACUCUGGCUACUACGAGGCCUUCACAGAGACCCUGCGUGGCAUCAUCUCCUUCUUCCAAGAGCCCCGGUUUGAUGAAAUCGUUGGGGGCUUUGACCAGCUCCCCCAGGCCCUACACAAUUCACUCCUCCCAGGGACUGUCUGGUUCUACUCACCAGCAGAGGAAGUGGAGAUGUCUGGAGACUGCGUCCACGUGACCUACAGGACACCUGACCCUCUGCAGCCCAGGGCGCGGCUGACUGCAGAUUUUGUGGUGGUAGCCACCACUGCCAAGGCUGCCCGGCUCCUCCGAUUCCAGCCAUCUCUCUCUCUAAACAAGCAGGAUGCUCUGCGCUCUGUCCAUUAUAAUAGUGCCACCAAAGUGAUCCUGGCCUGCACACAGCGUUUCUGGGAACGAGAUGGCAUCUUUAGCGGAAAGUCUAGCACUGACCGGCCUUCCCGCUUCAUCUACUAUCCCAACCACAUCUUCCCCAACGGUGCGGGCGUCAUCCUUGCAUCUUAUACCCUGGAUGAUGACUCGGUGUUCUUCACAGCCCUGCACCACAAUCGGGUAGUGGACAUUGUUCUGGAUGACCUCGCUGCUAUUCACAAUCACAACAAAGAGGAACUCCGGACCCUCUGUCCCUACUUCACAGUCAAGAACUGGAGCCAGGACCCCUAUUCCAUGGGUGGCUUUGCCUUCUUCACCCCUUACCAGUACGUGGACUAUGCCCAGGAACUCAGCCAGCCAGAAGGGCCGGUCUUCUUUGCAGGGGAGCACACAGAUAUGCCCCAUGGUUGGAUUGACACUGCCAUCAAGUCAGGGCUCAGGGUGGCAAAGAACAUUCAGGAGGCUGUGGACUUGGCUUUGACAAGGAACCCCAGAAACACAAAAGACCACUUCUCCAAAAGUGAACUGUAAACAGCCAUGUGGGCCUCAGGAACUGGGGUGAUUCCAAACAAGCUUGUCCCACUCUCACCUAUCUUCACCUUUGCUCAGAGAUUUGACCCAAGACUCAUGACCGGAUCCCCAGGGUAUCAGACCGCGCAUCACCCCUGCAUUCAUGACAGUAGCUCGGGAAGCACAUAUAGCACGGGAUAAAAACAAUAAAGCAACUGUUGAAUUUG